AUCGAGUCUACCAGUUACGAGAUCAUGCUGUAUUCGUUGUAUUUGGAAGAAGGAGUGCAGUGCAAAAUGGUUAAUGAAGUAAAGAGUUAUUCUCAGUAUACCAAGCGGAGUUGUUCAUGUGAUGCUGGCUGGAUUUCUAUAUCCUCUUUAUCCCGUAUUACUGAUGAGUUGGUUCAUCUGGAUAGUAGGGAGAUAGAAGAGGAGGAAUGUCUGCUAAAAUGCCAGCGAGAGUUA